UUCCCAAGUUCCUUGCGCCGUGGCCGCCAGCACACUGAACAAGUACACUCCCCACGGCCGGCGCUGCCCCGACCGCCGGCGGCGGAGCCCAUGGCGGAGCUGCGGCACUCGACGGCGGCGGCGGUGGCGGCCCGCUCGUCCAACUCCCCGGCGAAGCGCGACUCCGACGCCUCGGCCGCCUCCUCCCCCUUCGCCUCCACCUCCGCGCGCGGCCGCGGCGGCGACGACGGCGACGACGGCAAGGACGCCCACCGCUCCUCCCCUCUCCUCCCCCACCACCACCACCACCACAAGCGCCCCACUCUGCCCUCUCCCCUCCGCUCGCUCCUCGCCCUCGAGGACCCCAGGUCCCCCUCCGUCUCCUCCUCCUCCUACCGGAUCUCGCUCGCCAUCCUCGCGUUCCUCCUCCUCGCCGCCAUCUUCUCCGCGACCUCCGUUUGGUCCCGCCUCAACGCGCCCUACUUGUGCCAGAAGGAUGGGAUCACGCUGCACUGCCCUGAGACGAAGGAACCCCCUUCACUGUGGGAGAAUCCACGUGCUGCCACCACCUCCUGGAAACCCUGUGCAGAGCGCCGUAGUAAUGAACCAUCAGAUGUUCCGUCUGAGAAUGAAACCUCUGGAUAUAUUUUCAUUCAUGCUGAGGGUGGACUGAAUCAGCAGCGCAUAGCUAUAUGUAACGCUGUUGCAAUUGCUAAGAUAAUGAAGGCAACACUUAUUUUGCCAGUUCUAAAGCAGGAUCAAAUAUGGAAAGACCAGACCAAAUUUGAAGAUAUCUUUGAUGUGGAUCAUUUUAUAGACUAUUUGAAGGAUGAUGUACGCAUUGUCCGAGACAUUCCUGACUGGUUUACAGAAAAAGAUGAGCUCUUUACCAGUAUAAAGCGUACUGUGAAAAACAUCCCAAAGUAUGCAUCUGCUCAAUUUUAUAUUGACAAUGUACUCCCAAGGAUCAAAGAGAAAAAGAUAAUGUCUAUUAAGCCAUUUGUUGACAGGUUGGGGUAUGACAAUGUUCCCAUGGAGAUCAACCGACUAAGAUGCAGAGUUAAUUAUCAUGCACUAAAGUUCCUGCCUGACAUUGAAGAAAUGGCUGAUAAGCUAGCAGCAAGGAUGAGGAACCGAACUGGCAGCAUAAAUCCAUACAUGGCCCUUCAUCUGAGAUUUGAGAAAGGAAUGGUAGGGCUGUCCUUUUGUGAUUUUGCUGGGACACGGGAGGAGAAAGAGAUGAUGGCUGCUUACAGGCAGAAAGAAUGGCCAAGGCGCUAUAAGAAUGGAUCUCACCUGUGGCCAUUAGCUCUGCAAAAGAGGAAAGAAGGCCGUUGCCCUCUUGAGCCCGGCGAGAUUGCUGUCAUCCUCCGGGCACUGGGUUACACAAGAGGAACACAGAUAUACGUUGCAUCAGGGCAAGUGUAUGGCGGCAAAAACAGGAUGGCUCCCCUCAGAAACAUGUUCCCAAACUUGGUGACCAAGGAGGAGCUGGCGAGCGCGGCGGAGAUGGCGCCGUUCCGGAAGCACGUGACGAGCCUGGCGGCGCUGGACUUCCUGGUGUGCCUCAAGUCCGACGUGUUCGUGAUGACCCACGGCGGCAACUUCGCCAAGCUCAUCAUGGGGGCUCGCCGGUACAGCGGCCGCCACCGGCUCAAGUCCAUCAAGCCGGACAAGGGCCUCAUGUCCAAGUCCCUCGGCGACCCGAGCAUGGGCUGGGCCUCCUUCUCCGACGACGUCGUCAUCACCCACCAGACGCGCGCCGGCCUCCCCGAGCCCACCUUCCCCAACUACGACCUCUGGGAGAACCCUCUCACUCCCUGCAUGUGCUCCGCCACUGCCUGAACUUCUGAACAUUUUUUUCUUCUCAAGAUUGAACCUGAAUCUUCAGGCCUGAAGCUCGAGUAGAGUAGUAUAGUGGAGUACUAGAUUAUUUUUCUUUUCUUUUUUGGUCUUCUUUUUUCUUUUUUUUGCUCAUGUAGCAGCAAACUAGGGUCUCGUUUUGUUCAACUAAUUUGUCUGUACUCUGUAGGGAUGGGCCAUAUGAUCUCAUCUAGAUCACACUGUGGUUGCAAUAACUUGAGCUGAGCAUAAAAUGCAAUUGACCUCUAUUGUAUUGCCCAAUUCAAAAGCUG